UUAUUGUGACAUUGACAGGUCUGUAUCACUACUAUCAGACAGAUCUGCGCUGUAUUCUUUUAAUUUGGGUUUUUACCAAAAAAUCCUUACAUAAAUAGUAAAAUGUUGACUAGAACAUUAGCCUCACGGGCUGUUCUGCUAAAGGCAUUUAAAAAUGCUGCGGAUAACGUGAAACAAGCUAAAAGAAACUCAGGCCAUGGUACAUGGUCCUACCGAAUGCCACCACCAUUACCAUCUAAGAAAUCUGUCUAUUUAGCUGAGGGUCUUGGAGCAUUGGCCUGGUGGUGGAUCUUCUGGCAUCUCUUUACUGAACCAGACCACGUCUUUGGUGAAUUUCCAUAUGUUGAUCCCCGAAGCUACACCGAUGAGGAACUUGGCAUACCACCUGACUUCGAGGGCUCAUUGAGGAAGUGAACAUGAAUAUUUCAAUUUGUAGUUCUUUUUCUGUUGAUGUUAAUUAAAUUAUAUAAAAUAUCUGUAGGCUUA